AUGCCGGCUCCUCCACCAUUCGUUGUAAACACAGAUCCCAAGCGCGUGGCAGAAUCACAGACAACAUUGAUCAUAGGAGUUAUUACUACGAUCAACUUUCUCGCACUAACUGUCGUCGCUGCACGGACGUAUACCCGCUGGAUAAUCUCCAAAUCCCCGGGCGCGCAAGAUGUACUUAUUGUCUUGAGUGCGUGCACUGGGCUUGCGGGCACCAUCAUCUUAUUUCUCAUGAUUCCACACGGUCUAGGUAAACACGCCGAUACGAUAGAACGAGCCGACUUUACCGAGUUCAGCAGAUAUAGCUUCAUGAUCACGACGAUCCCCCUUCUCGGGGGAAUGGGCCUACUCAAAAUCGCAAUCGCUCUCGAACUCAUCAAAUACAAUGGGAAUUCAUGGAAGUGGUACAAGAUUACUCUACAAUGCAUGAUAGCUUUUGUGGUUGCAUAUACAAUUGAGGCGUGGCUUUCGUUCAUUCUUUUUUGCAUUCCAGUCGCAAGGCAAUGGGACCGGUCAAUAGAAGGAUCUUGUUAUCCUGUACCGAUGUUUAUUGCGUUCGGACUCGCCAAUUCGGCUUUCAAUAUUUUUACAGACAUUGCCUUUGCUACCUUGCCGGUACCGCUCAUCUGGUCAUUGAAGAUGCCUCUAAAAACACGAAUCUACCUUAUUAUUAUUCUGAGCCUGGGAUAUGGUUCCGCUGUGAUGGGUUUAGUAAAGGCUAUUUCCCAGAUGAGAUACAAUCCCGCGGGAGAUAACACAUACCUUUACAAUAUCCAAUUCUGGGGCCUUCUGCAACUCAACGUCGGCAUCAUCGCUGCUUGCGCGCCCUCUCUUAGGCCUCUGGUCAAAAACAUCCUACGACUCAAGUCGCUGGCACCUAUAUACGGCUACUCAGACUACGGACAACGCCAACGCAGCUUGCGCCUUUCUACAAUUGGGGGAACUGGUGCUUCAUCUAGCUCGAGACAAAGAGACCAAGUAACACGAUCUGAGGGUCGAAACAACCCAAAGAAUGCGAUUUACGUUGAAACGGUUUUCGAACUUAAGAACAGUAGCCAGGACGCGAUUUUAGAUACAGAUGGCCCAGAAGGAUCCAGGCCUCAAAGGAUAUCUAGUUAG